CUCGCGCUCCUGCCAGCGGCGGUCCAGCGCGGAGCGAGAGAGAGGGCAGCGCGACCCAGCAGCGGGAUUUCAGCCAGCUCGCAGCAGUCGCUUCCAGGAGGACGGACACAGAUAUGUGUAGCCUAGCGGCUGCCCGUAUUAACCUCCAGCUACGGGAGUUUGCCCUACUUUAGAGAGGAGUAGAGCCAGGGCGGCUCAGAUCUGCGUGAACUUCACCAUCCUUUGGAAGAAGUGAAAAUACCAGGACGCUUUCUUCAGAAGCGUUGAUUCUUUAUGCACGGGAUUGGUCAAGCGCUCUUCACGCAGUCAACGGGGUGUGUGUGAGUGGAGGUGGACGCUGCUGUGGGACUCUGGGGAUAUGUAAAGUUUCCAUCCGUCCAGGAUCUCUACAGCUUUUUAGGAGCUGCUCACUGGACUUUUGUGCAAGAGUGUGUGACCUGGGCGUGCGUUCACCAUGGCUCUAGUUCAGGCACUGCCUGUGCCCACUGAUCACCCGAAGCCCUGUGCUGACAUCCAGCAGUGCCGCUCAGUAUCUCACUCCCCCAUCGUAGCUGCGGCAGGCACCAUGGGCUCUGUAAGCAGCCUUAUCUCUGGACGUACCUAUCAGGAGCGUCACUGCCAAGCUGCCAGUAACUUUGCCGGCAAGUAUCGCAAACCCACACCAGCUACAAGCUGUUUCCGACAACAAGAGUGCACGCUGCACAGCUCCAGCUCACAGGAGCAGCUUCUCACCAGGCAGCCUCCUCUACCUGCUAAGAACAAGUCCUCUGCCCCCAUCUCUACUGGCAAUGGCAACUAUGGCUAUUUGAAUGAUGAGCCAGUGGGUGACUGGAACGAUAAUCAUGUGACCACGUACAGCCCAUCAAGUGAUACCGAAGCGUCUCCUGAUAACAGGGGCAUGAAUGGUAACAUUGGUGGCCCUCCUCCCAAACUCGUCCCAGUGUCAGGGAAGCUGGAAAAGAGUAUGGAGAAGAUACUGAUCCGUCCCACUGCCUUUAAGCCUGUUGUGUCCAAGAAUCGCAACCCUGUUCAGUACCUGUCUCCACGGUCAGGGGGCAGUCUGACUGAAAGCCAGGGCAGCCUCAACCUCUUACUUCGUGGUACUGGGUUGGGUUGUCAGGAGAAGCGUAACUCUUACAGUGGAGGGCGCAACGCACGGAGUAGCCAAUGCUGCACUAUGUCAGAUUCAGGCCGCAACUCACUCUCCAGCCUACCAACCUACAGCAGCACAGGAUACAGCCUGGCACAGAGCGAGGUUCCUACCGGGCACAUGGAAACCACACGCUCUAGCGGUGGCCACGGACACUCUAACUCCGACAGUGGUCGGUCAUCAUCCAGUAAGAGCACAGGGUCUUUAAGUGGUCGUGGGCAGCCCCUCUCAGACAGUGGAUCAUGUGGCCGCUCUCCGGCUCCAGGAGAAGGGUAUGAGGGCGUCAUUCGAGAACUUGAGGAGAAGCUGAGGGAAAGAGAUCUGGAGCUGCAGCAACUAAGGGACAACCUGGAUGAGAACGAGGCAGCCAUCUGUCAGGUGUAUGAGGAGAAACAGAAGAGGUGUGAGCAAGAGUUGGAAGACCUUCGGCAGAGCUGCGCAUCGAAAAUGAAGCAGGUGCAGCUGAAGGCACAACGGGCACAACAGGUCCUGCAGUUGCAGGUGUUCCAGCUGCAGCAAGAGAAGAAGAAAUUGCAGGAGGACUUCUCCCAACUGCUGCAGGAACGGGAGGCAUUGGAGAAGAAAUGUGCCUCUUUUGAGAAGGAGCAGACACAGCUAGGUCCUCGUCUAGAAGAGACAAAGUGGGAGGUCUGUCAGAAGUCUGGUGAGAUCUCUCUGCUGAAGCAGCAGCUGAAGGAUGUACAGGCUGAUCUUGGUCAGAAGGCCAGCGAGAUUGUUGCUUUGAAGGCACAGUUGAGAGAGGCUCGUUCUGAGCUUCAAGCUAGCCAGGCUCGCUCGCAGGAAGCCCACGCCACAGCCCGCACCCGUACACUCGAACUUGAGGUUUGCGAGAAUGAGCUGCAGCGUCGUAAAAGUGAAGCGGAGCUCUUGCGAGAGAAGAUGGGCCAUUUGGAGGAAGAGUCCAUCCGUCUUAAAUCGGCCCUGGCAGUGCCCCCAUUCCAAACUCUACCUUCUAAGGGCCAAUGCAUGAGUUUGCCCUUGCCCCAAACCCAUGGGGGAAUCACUCACAGGAUCAGUCCUGCUUUCCGGGACAACAGCAGUGAAGAGCAGUUUCUAGCAUAUGAAAGUGAUGAAGCGAAGGUCCAGCGUCAGAGUGUGGAUAUGCUUUAUGGUCUCCGUCAGGAGGUGGACCGAAUGCGUGCUGAGCUGAUGUAUGAGAGGAGGCGGAGUGAGGACCAACUGGAAGCCUUUGAGGAUGAACGCAGGGUAUGGCAGGAGGAAAAAAACAAGGUGAUUCGUUACCAGAAGCAGCUGCAGCAGAACUACAUCCAGAUGUACCGCAGAAACCGAGACCUAGAACGUGUGAUGAGGGAACUUAGUCUUGAGCUGGAGAACAGAGAUAUGGAGGAGUUUGACAUGCAUAGCAAUGAGAUCCAUUUUGAGGAGAUCACUGCCACUGAAAUCUAACCCACAUCUCACUCUGCCAUCCCAAAAUGAAUUUCCACUGUGCUUGUGUGAGGAGCACUGGCCUGCAUUGCAGUGUUAUUUGGCAUGCUUCUCCACACUAUUUCAGAAAGACUUAUGUUCAUGGCAAGUUAUUGUGAUGUCUACAGAGGCCAGUGAAACACAACAUUUGUAUUUAGACAUCUUCAUCACUUCCUGCCUCGGACACCUGUGAGGAAACCUGUGAGAUGAAUGUACAAUGACUGUGAACAGCAGUUAAUUGAUGCCACUGGUGAAGGGAAGGUGUCCUCAAAGGUGGUGAUCCUGGCAAACCCCUAUAGUACAACUAGGGCUAAAAUGUAGCUUAAUUCUGGAAAAAAAAUGCAAAAAAUAUCACAUUUAAUCCCCCCCACCCCCACCCCGAUCUGAAACAUGAAUUCUUAAAAGGGGUCAUAUGAUGUUUUUUUAAAGAUCAUUAUUUUGUGUAUUUGGUCUAACAGAGUAUGUUGACAUGCUUUAAUAUAAAAAAACAAACAAAUUAUUUUUCAAAU